AACAAAAGAAAAAUAGUGUCAGAUAACUGUUUUACUGCCUCAAGUUUGAAGGAGCAAGUGACAUCUAAUAGAUUUUUUUUUAGACUUUUUAGAAUUUGUGUUGAUAAAAUAAAUCUCUAAAAUCUAAACAAUGGCUACCGAGUCGUCAUCAUCAACGUCGGCUUGUGUGUUUUUUGUUUUUAAAUUUUAACUCAACUCAAAUCAUUGUUUACAUAAUUAAAUAAUAAAUAAUAAUAAAUAAACAUUUAUAAAAUUUAUAAAACAAUAAUUAUAAAAUCCAUAAAUUAACAACAAUCAACAACAGAACAAAAAAAAGUUUUUCAUCAAUACAUCAUGACGAAAGAAGAUGAAAAAACGAGUGAUUAUAAUGGCAGUGAUAGUAACGUAAUUAUUGAAGCUGGACCAGAUCCAACAGCUCCAGUAACAAGACGAGGUAUUUUAACGUCAUUAUUGACUGGAAAACCAAUGGAAAUACCAGAACAAGAUGUCCUUGGUAAAUGUAGAUUUGUAUCGGAAUUUGAAAAAUUAAAUCGUAUUGGUGAAGGAACAUAUGGAAUUGUUUAUCGUGCAAAAGAUACAAAAACAAAUAAAAUUGUUGCAUUAAAAAAAGUACGUAUGGAAAAUGAAAAAGAUGGAUUACCAGUUAGUAGUCUUCGUGAAAUAAGUGUAUUAUUAUCAUGUCAUCAUGAAAAUAUUGUUCAACUUAAAGAAGUUGUUGUUGGACGUAGUUUGGAAAGUAUAUUUUUAUCAAUGGAAUAUUGUGAACAAGAUCUUGCAAGUCUUCUUGAUAAUAUGCAAUCACCAUUUACUGAAAGUCAAGUUAAAUGUAUUGUACUUCAAGUAUUAAAAGGAUUAAAAUAUUUGCAUAAAAAUUUUAUUGUACACAGAGAUUUAAAAGUAUCAAAUUUAUUAAUGACUGAUAAAGGUUGUGUUAAAAUUGCUGAUUUUGGAUUAGCAAGAUGGUUUGGACUUCCAUUAAAACCAAUGACACCAAGAGUCGUUACACUAUGGUACAGAGCACCAGAAUUAUUGCUUCAAGCUAAAACACAAACAACUUCUGUUGACAUGUGGGCUGCUGGUUGUAUACUUGGAGAAUUACUGGGAAAUAGACCACUCUUACCAGGACGAUCUGAAAUUGGUCAACUUGAAUUAAUUGUAAGUCUACUUGGUACACCAAGUGAAGCAAUAUGGCCUGGAUUUAAUGCACUUCCUGGUCUUCAAAAUUUUGCAUUGAAACAACAACCAUACAAUAAUUUAAAACAAAAAUUUCCAUGGUUAACUGCUGCUGGACUUAGAUUACUUAAUUUUUUGUUUAUGUAUGAUCCAAAAAAACGUGCAACUGCUGAAGAAUGUUUACAAAGCAGUUAUUUUAAAGAAAUACCAUUACCUUGUGAUCCAAAAUUAAUGCCAACAUUUCCACAACACAGAAAUAUGAAAAAAACUGGACAAACAAAAGAUGCUCCAGAACCUGAACCAAUUGCUGUUGAUCAGACAAAUAAUUUACCAGCAAUAUCUGAUUUGCUUGGAUCACUAGUCAAGAAAAGAAGAAUAGAAUAAUUAUUUUAAAAGAAAGACAUUUAUAAAUAAAUGUUUUAUAAAUUUUUUAAACAUUUCGAAAAUCACUUGAAUUAAUAUUUCAUAAUUCAUCAUCGUUGUCAUCACCAUCAGUAUAAACACAAAAAAAAUAAUUAUCAAAAAACAAUAAUAAACUAUUAAUUAAUAAAAA